AUGCAGCUUAUUGUAUCCCUGGUGGUUUUACUGGUGAACACAAUAGGCACUCUGGUGUUUGUCAUCUGGUACAUUCGACUCGGGUCCGGUGCUGAAGGUGAGACAUCUCCAAUCCAUGAGCCUCCUCCGGCAGUGGGACGUCGUAUAUCUGUGCGAAACCCUUCUUGCUCCGCCAAACGUGGUUCUGCAGCUCAGAUCCGAGACGGUCCAGCAUUGUCCGCGAGCUCUUUUCAUAAUUUAACGGACGAGAUGGCAGCCCAGGGUGAUUUCCGCCGUGACAGUCGGAACUCACUUAUUUCCACUCUGUCUCCAUAUUGUCGUUGCACUAGUCCUAACCGUAGGCGACAAUGCAACCGACUCCUCGUUCAUUAUGGUCGUAUGUGCACCUACCCGUUUGGUGGUGGUAGUGCCCAAUCAACCGCCACCUUAUCGACAAUGGCAUCGCGUAUACAACAGUCGCAUUCCAAUAGCGUAACGGAUAACACGGACGACCUGGUUGGAAAUUGUUGUCUGGACGACGAGCUCGAAUUCCAGCAUCAACGACACUUGCUACUCAUCCUUGUAUUGCUGACCACUAUGUUCUUUGGUAUCUGUUUGUGUACGUGGCGUUUGGUUCAGGAACCAGCAUCUGGCGUCUAUCUGGUCUUGGAAUUCCUCGACGGUGUGUUCAACUUCGGUCAGGGUAUUGUCUUGUUAGUGAUCUUCGGAUUGGACGCCGACCUGAUCAUCCUACCAGUUCGUCGUUUUCUUGGACGUCAUUUACGCCGAAUUUUUGGUGCUGUGCUGGAUACGACCGCAAUGGGUAGCAUUGUCGAAAUAGCCGAUCCUACUGCUCUGAAAGAACGUUGUCUUCAAUUUGUUGUUUUUCAUCUGACAUCUUGUUGUGAUAGCAUAUCGAAAGCAUCAUCCAGUGUCGGUCCGAUGCAUCCGAGCGACAGAGUAUUCACGGAAGAAGCACUGAUUAAAUGGCUGGAAGCCGCAGGCCUCGUACAAUCCGACCGCGAGGCUGCGCUGUUUGUUGACCUGCUUGCAUCGGACUGUCUAAUCGCUUCGGUCGAUCAGUCCUUGAUCGAGGCCACAGCAGCAGCUUGUCCCGGCCAACCCGUCCCACGUUUCCUUCAGUUCACUCAAUCUGCGUUCGAACUGCACUCGGCCGAACGCGAAUUCACUCAAUUAAUCAAAGCCCUACUGACCGAUGUGUCCGGGUUUGUUCCUCUGCGUCAACGUGGUUGUGAGGUUGUCAUUGCCAACAUCACGCAAAUGUUUUGCGCAUUCGUCGUUCUGCUUUACCUUUGA